GUGCAGCUCAUUACGUUUGAUCCAUGCGGGUUUGGUGCGCUUUUGCUCGGCACUUGGCGGACGGACGCGCAGAGCAGCCAGACAUCUGCUGCUCCUGCUGCUGAUUCCGCGGGUUCUCCGUUCAUCUCAACCCUCCUCCGGUGUCCGGUAAAAACAGUCUGGGAUUCCUUCACUGCACGGUCGGGAAUGCGCAUCUGGACCGGAGAGCGUCCCGGGGACAAUUACGCGUCGAAGCGCUCCGCUGUAGCUCUCCCGCUCCUCCUGCUCCCUCAGAGGAAAUAUUAACACCGGUAAAGGAGUAUUUUGGACAGAAUGGCAGGCGCAAAGUGCCUUCUGAAAACGCCGAGUAACUUCCAGUCAUCUGCCAUGUUUGAAGGCUCGGAGGCAGUGGAGGUGGAGGGAGGCAACACGGAGAGCACCAUUGCUUCGUCCAUCAGCGCCUGUAAGAAGGUACUGUGCAGCAACAGCGUGCUGGACUCGUCCGAGUACUGGCUGAGAAAUGAGAAAGCUCUGUGUCGACUGGGCCUGCUGGAUGACGACAUGGAGGGCAGCUGCACCAUGAUCUGUUUUGUAAAUCUGGACCCUCAGAAAACAGACUGUCGUGAUGACAAAAGCAUCAAGAAACUGGCAUCAGUGUCUCCAGACCUGCCAAAGCUUGUUGAAUUACUGACUGUCCACCAGCCGAAAGAAAAUGAGAUCUUGCUGCUCGGUGGCCUCGAAGCCUCAGAUGCUUGCCAGUCACACCCACACUCCCCCCCACAGGGUGGGCAACAGCAGCACAGAAGUGCAGGAGUGUGCUUGGUUCAGUGUUCAGGGAAGAGGCGCUCCACACCACCUGGCAGCAUCAUCUUUGAGAUCAACAAGUUCCUGAUUGGCCUGCAGUGGGGAAAAGAGCGGCAGUUUCAGCAGGGCCGAGUCGCUGGUCAGCGGAUCGAUGAUGACACCAAUCGCUCCAUCUCCUCCAUAGAAGAAGACUUCCUGACUGCUUCAGAACACCUUGGAGAUGACAGCGAGGAUGAUGGCUUCAGAAAUGAGCCAGAGAGUGGUGACCUGGGAGAGAACUUGGUAGAGGCUGCACAGAAACACUGUGUCAGACUUGCAUGUCACAGGGGACAGCUGAACAAGGAGGAUACUGAGGUGAAGAAGGAAGGUCACCAGCACGCAAGCAUCCAGACUAAGGAAUCAGCUGGUCACUAUGCCACCAAUCUGGCCGAGUCAGUACUGCAAGAUGCCUUCAUACGACUUUCUCAAGAUGAAACAUCCUUUGUUUCCGAGGCAGCUGUCAGUGUGUCACUCUCUAGUCGCCCUUCCAAAAGCAACAGUCCGUCAAAGACCAAAGAGCCUUCUCAGCAGCGCACCUGCUCUUUUGAACUACCUAAAAUUGUCAUAGUCCAGAGCCCAGACAGUUCUGAUGGAGCUGGAGAAUGGCCAGAGACCCAGGUGUCUCAUGGACCCGACCACAAUAUCACUGCCAAAGCCAGAGAAAUGCCACAGACUGGGACACAAUCUCACAUUCUGCACCACAAUGGAGGACAUGCAUCCAAACAUGUAGAAGUGGCUUUGGCCUGCGCUGCUAGUAUUAUUGGCACCAUUACUACCCCACAGCUAACAGAACAACUUGCCAUUGAAUCUGUUUCAGAAGAGGACACAGAAGAGGAGAUGCAGGAACAAGAGGAGAGAGGUGACUAUUCCUUCUCCUCAGCUAUGUGCGGCAUGGCUCAGGUAGCCGGUGCGGUAGCAGCUGUGGAGCUAACAGAGGAAUCAGGAGAAGCUGGCGACUCUGAUGCAGAUUCCACUGAAGUCUACUCAGCAUCACAGGGUCUUAUGUCUGCUGCCAAGGCUUCUACUGCCUUCACAUUGCACUGCAGUAUCGCAGAGGGUACCAGCGUUGAAGCAUUUCGUGCCAACAUUGCCGAAGUCUUGCACAGGGAAGCAGCUGAGGUGCUGACUCAACCACAAGGCUACAGGAGUGUAGCUCACCUGCUAGAGACCACACAUAAUAAGAUAGUAGACGGGAUAACAUGUCCAAAAAAAUGCUACAUGGAUGAAAGAGAGAUGGAUGACUUAAUAAAUGAGGUGGCAGACAGCCUAUUCAAGCAUGCUUUAGAGAAGGCAAAAAAGAAAAAGGAACUCGAGGGUGCUGGAAAAGAUGCGCCAAGCCUUCAGGUGUUUAUGCAAGACAGUGUAAACAAUUUGCUGUUUGAUAUUCUGUGCCUGACACAGAAAAAAAUCAGUCACAUUUCAAGAUGUGACCAAGGGUCAAGUGAAACACAAGAGGGUGACACUUGUGCAAAAGAGCUUGCUGCAAGCAAGGAUCCAUUAGGUCCAUUACAGUGCUUAAUUGGCCAUAGUCAGUCCACUAAUAGUGAGAGCCACAGUGGCAUGCUACACUGCACAGAUAAGUUUUCAGCGGUUCAAGGCCUGAAGCAGAAAUACAUGCUUGAUGAAAGUGAUCUUAUUGCAUGUUCCACCACAGUCAACAACAAAGAGCAACAGCAGCAGUCAUUAUGCAGACAAAUUCAGUCCAAACACAUCUCCUUGCAGGCCAAAGACUUGUCUGACUACCAGCAGAUCCAGCAGGGCAGUGGUGCCAUCAGAGAACCUUUAAGUGAAAUCCCACUUCACAGCACAGAGAGGAGGGGCCGAUUAGGGACAAGCAGCGACAGUAGACAGUCCUCCCUCACCCCCCAGUCCUCCCUCAACUCUUGCAGUUCUCUACUCUCUUUCAGAAUGGACUCGGAAUCCAGAACACCUAUUACUUGCUAUGCUGAUGAUUUGGCUGCUACAGUAGUGUCUAUGGCCACAGAACUAGCAGCCAUCUGUCUGGAAAACUCUACUGGGAAGCAACCCUGGUUCUGUGCUCUUAAAGGUGCAUCAACCGAAGGGCCGGAAGCCUACUUGAUCCCUGCUUGCCGAACAGUGCUCAGGAGAAAAGAUGGCCAGAACAGCAAUGCAGCCUCCAAAAAGCAUCGGGCACCACGCCUCAGUGAGAUUAAAAGGAAAACAGAGGAACAACCAGAGCUAAUGGAGCGGCUGGUCAACCGGGUUGUGGAUGAGUCCGUUAACCCUGAUGAACCACAGGACCCAUUUGCUCUGUUUGCCUCUGAAGUCACAGCCAGGAUCAUGAACUGCCCUGAACUCAAUGUGGUGGAUACCUCCAAAACAGGCCAGCAACGCAGCAGGUUGCAGUGUGAGAGGUGGAGCCGUGGCAAGGCAUCUAGUUAUGAGAGCAUUCCAGAAGAAGAUGCAGACCCCUCAGGAACGCCCAACACCCUGGGCCCUGGCAGUCGGUUAGGUCAGAACUUGAGUCGUGGUAGCUCGAUCUCUAAGCAGUCCAGUUGCGAGAGCAUCACAGAUGAGUUCUCACGGUUCAUGGUUAACCAGAUGGAGACUGAAGGCAGAGAAUUUGACCUUCUGCUGGACUACUACGCAGGAAAAAAUGCCAGCAACAUCCUUGCUGCAGCUGUGCAACAGGCUGCAACGAAGAAAAAUGGUCACCUUAAUGUCAGGACCUCAUCCUGCCUGUCGAAACAAUCCAGCACAGAGAGCAUCACAGAGGAGUUCUACAGAUUUAUGCUUAAGGAUAUGGAUAAGGAAAACAAAGAAUAUGGCAUUGCCAAGACUAAAGAGUGGAGCAACAGCCUCUUCCCACCUUCUCCAAGAACGCCCUUCUGUAUACGACAGUCUUCUGUCCCAGACCGACGUUCCUCAGACUCACGACUGACUGUCAACUCACCCAUUAAAGCCAACUCCUUUGAUGGAUUUGCCCGCAAUGUGCAUGGAGACACACUAAAUAUCUACCCUGCCAACACAGUGUCAGCCACAGGACUGUGUAAGUCAGACUCGUGCCUCUAUCAAAGAGGUAAAACUGACCAAAUUACUGAUAUGCUGAUUCAUGAGACCUGGUCAAGUUCCAUUGAGUCCUUGAUGCGAAAAAACAAGAUCAUUGCUGAUCCAGAGGACAGUAUUGAGUUGGAGGCUGCAGGAGACUCUCAGCCCCAUGUGCAGCAAUUUGCAAAUCGCUUGGCAGCGGACAUUGUAGAUAUUGGCAAGUCUGCACUUGGGGGACAGCAGGAUGUAGCUGGGGGUUUGCCUGGGUUGCACCCACGGCCGUAUAUGCCUGUUGGCGAGAAAAGGAGGGGGUUCAAACAAUCUCAUCUAAGUUGCAGUAGGAGUAGGUCCAGCCAGGAGCAAGCUGUCACUGCAGUAGGAUCUGGGGCAAGUGACAUCGGUGCACCCUGCACGAGGGGCCCCAGAGAUGUGCCGCUGAUCCACAUUGAGGGAGAUCAGAGGGAUGAAGAGAAUCUUUUAAACCCUGAUAGGACAGGAGGAGGACCUCAAGAAACAUCAUCAGACAUGUCAGCGAACAAGCGCACAGAGAGAGCUACUGCCAACAGCAGCAGCAGUGAGAGGGACAGGCCAGCUGUGGCGGUGGCUGCAGUAGUGAAGAGGGACAAGCGUUCUAUGAGUGCUAGCAGUGAAGAGAGCAUGGGGAGCUGGUCUCAUAUAACCCCCGAGGAUGACCCCCACGAGGAGACCAGUAGUUUUAUCCAGCUGAGCGAGGGGAAUGGGACAAGCAGCACAUCUAGCUUAGGCCUUGCAGACCUGGAUGCUUUUUCUGAUGUGCCCACUCAGAGCACAGUAAUCAGUGAGGAAACUGAGAAAGUCCACCUGGCAGGAGCCAAGGAGAGUAUCUAUGAGGGCAGUUCAGCGAGGACAGCAGGCGGUAGUGCCAACCUCAGGGAGAUGUUGGUGGUAAACUGUGACCUCGAGCCAGAGUGUGUGGACUCCGAGCUCAGAGUGGCUCUGCAGUGGAUCGCUGCCUCCGAGCUGGGCCUUCCCGCUCUCUACUUCAGGAAGUCCAAAGAGACAAGGCUUGUGAAGUUCCAGAGGGUGGUCCACCUGAUGUCUCAGAAGUCAUGGCGGAUUGCAGACUUAUUCAGCGCUGUGGUUCAGUUCUGUAAGCUAGCUGAAAAAGAGGAAGAAGCAGGCCGGUCUCUCCAGUCCAGCCUGUUUGAUUGGCUUUUGGAGACCCUUUAGGACUUACUAACCUCCUCAUAUCGCAGACAAAAAAACAAAUGCUCACUCAUCUCUCACAUGUUCCUAACUGUUUGCCCCAUCAUGUCUCAUCACACCAAGUGUCUCCUACUGCAAGCUGAAAGCACCAUGCAAUCAGCAUACUUGAGAAAUUCAUACCUCUCACCUCGUCCAUUAAGGUUGUGUUUUUUCUUUUGUCUUUUGUCUUGUUUGCAGCUAUGAAUGGACCAAUCUCCCUUUAACAAGAGCAUGUUUCAGACUUACUUCUCUUACACUCAAACAGCGCAAACUCUUGGUAUAUGGGUUGGACAUUCCUGAUGGGAAUGAACUAGCCCUGAGGUGAUUAUAGUCGGCAGGUUUUAACUGCUCCAGAUUAUAUAUAAAUAUAUAUUUAGAGACUCUCACAGCCAAAUUAGGUUUAUUUAUUUAUUCCAAAUGAACACAUGUGAAGCAAAUUACCUACAGAACACAGGAGAAUCAGACUGAAUUCUCCCCACAACUCGACAUGCUCAAACCUUUUGUAUUAAAACUACUUUAUAAAAGAGGCUGUUAAAAUGUAAGCCCAGAAAAGCUCUUUCAGUAUCUUCUGAUAGCCACUUAGAAGUACACAUGUGCUUUACAUAAUCAAAACAUCCAUGUCUUUGUUGUGUUCAUUGGCCAACAUACCACCUCUCUUGUGACUUAAAUUCAGUUCCAAGUAAGUAUCUUAUUUUGUUCAUGUUACUGGAGAACUGAUUAUUUUGAAUAGCUGUAUUGUAUAUACUGUAGAUUUGGAACUGCUGCACCUUGGAGUAGUGGACUGCUCUAUUUAGCUUUUACUAUGUCCGAAAGACAGAGUAAGGUUUGUAAUGUUGAAUUUGUAUGUGGAUUUGGUCUGUUUAUUUCUCUACUUAGUGGUAAUCUAGUGUUAUAUCAGCAUUGGGGGAAAAAAGCACACAAUUCAGCUGUAAACUCUGUCACAGUAGAACUGAAUGUAUUUAUCUUUUGACAUCAAUAAAUUUCUGUGAUGUGAAAUACA